AUGUCGGCCACUAAUCCGACCAUUCGAAUCACCCAACCUGGCAACUCGCCGGCGAAAUUUCACGGAGAAUGGCCGCUCGCCGCCACCCAACUCGGGGUCAUCGUCAUUCAGAAACCAGCAUCGGCUAUCUUCUCUUUUAUCAACUUCGUCACGACGUAUCUCUUUUGGCAACAACUUGGCUGGCGAUCAAAUGUACAAAGAAACAAACUAGCGGAGAUACGCUGUUGUCGAAAUGAUGGCUUGGUUCUUGUCGACGAUUCUUCAUUGUGUCGAUUGUUGGGUGAC